AUGCCAGAAAGAUACACUCGGGGUCGCUCUCGUGCCCGUUUGCCAUCCUAUUCGGAAUUUGAUCGGGCCCCGUCCUUGCAGCGUUCUUUGUCUCCUCACUCAGAAUCAAGAUUCAACACUACACCUCGAACUCGUUCUGUGGAGCGUGGCGCUGUCCGUCGCAAUGCUCACCGUUCCAGAAGCUGGUCGCGAUCAUCGUCGCACAACCAAGCACCAUCCCGUAGUCGAAGCCGAAGUGAAACUCCCAGACGUUACAGGAAAAAAGACUACAGCCGGACUCCGAGUCCCUCUGCCGAUGCUUCAAGAAGCUCAAAGAUAGUUAUCGAAAAGUUGACUAAAAAUGUCACCGAAUCACAUCUCCGGGAGAUAUUCGGUGGUUUUGGCGACAUACAAAGUCUUGAUCUCCCUAUGAAUAAAGCUUUCAUGACAAACAGGGGCACCGCAUACAUACUUUACCACGAUCCUGCGGAUGCAGAGGCGGCCAUCGCGCAUAUGCACGAGGCUCAGCUAGAUGGUGCCAUGCUGAACGUGUCGAUUGUUCUUCCUAGGAGAGCCUUCUCUCGCUCACCACCACCAGUUCAACAUAGCAGAGGAAGCUUUGGCCGUCCAGGACACGGCCGCGGACCUCCGUCGGAUAGUCGCGCUCCAAGGUCGCCGCCACCCGCUAGGAGGUAUCGCCGUUCUCGGCAUAUGGAAAGGCAUGACAUCUAUAGGCCUCGCUCUCUGUCGCGCUCCAGGUCGCCACGCCGUUCUCGAUCCCUUUCUUCCAAGUCUCUCUCAAACUCCCCACCGCCAAGACGGACACAUUCGCGUAUGGACAGCUCUCAGCGUCGCCGUCGCCGUAGCCCGAGCUACAGCAGCUAUGGCUAUAGCAGUCGCAGUGAUAGGGACCGGAGUAUGAGUCCAAGAAGAGACCAUCAUUGA